UUCUGCUGGGACUGAGGGAGGAAGCAUCAAUGCCUCCGAGCUGCUGCUCGUCUCCCCGGCCUGUACCUGCCCUCGGAUGAGAGGAUGAGAGGAUGGAGGAGGACGUGGCGGGGCGCUCGGAUGCUGCGGCAGCCUCUCUCCGGGAAGAGCAUCAUCCCCACAGCGCCAUGACUUCCCCGGAGGACGGCGGGGCCGGCGGGGCCGACCUGUCCCUGGAGGAGAUCCUGCGGCUGUACAGCCAGCCCAUCAACGAGGAGCAGGCGUGGGCCGUGUGUUACCAGUGCUGCCGGACGCUGGCCAGGGGACCCCGGCAGAGCCGCUCCUCCAUCCCCGACCCCGGCGCCGCCGGAGCGGGAGCGGCUCCAGACGCCGCUGCGCCCCCGCGGCUCAGGAUAUCCGGACCCGCCGAUGUCAGGAUACUGAAAGAUGGCUCUCUGAGGCUGGACCCGCAGGGCUGCGAAGGUAAAUACAGCCCCUGCACAACAACUGAGGUGAUCGAGUCUCUGGGCAUCAUGAUCUACAAGGCUCUGGACUACGGCCUGAAGGAGAACGAGGAGCGGGAGCUCAGUCCUCCUCUGGAGCAGCUCAUCGAUCUCAUGACCAACAUGGCCGAGGCCGAGAGGGACGCCUGCCCCGACGAGGGCUACGAGGCCACGGAGGAGGAGGACGAGGGAGAAGACGAGCCCGACAACAUCGCUGGUGCUCACGGCUACAGAGACAUCCUCAAGCUGUGCACCGCUCAUCUGCCCAGCGUGUCGGACGCCCCCAGCCACUACCAGGCCGUGUGCCGGGCCCUGUACACAGAAACCAGGGAGCUCCGCACCUUCCUGGAGAAGAUCAGGAGCGCCAAAGAGAACCUCCGUAAGAUGGAGGAGUCGUCAGAAGAACCCGCCCGAGACCUGAACGAGCUCCAGAACGCUGACUGGGCUCGGUUCUGGGUUCAGGUGAUGAGGAACCUUCGUGAAGGAGUCAAGCUGAAGAAGGUGCAGGAGCGUCAGUACAACCCUCUGCCCAUCGAGUACCAGCUCACUCCCUACGAGAUGCUCAUGGACGACAUCCGCUCCAAACGCUACAAACUCCGCAAAGUCAUGGUUAAUGGCGACAUCCCACCAAGACUAAAGAAAAGUGCUCACGAAGUCAUCCUGGAGUUCAUCAGGUCCAGACCGCCUCUCAACCCUGUGUCGGCUCGUAAGCUGAAGCCUCAAGCUCAGCAUCCUCCCACUCUGCACGAGCGGAUCCUCAAGGAGAUCAAGUCAGAGAGGAAACUGCGCCCGGUGUCGUCGCCCGACGAGGUCUGCAGAGAACGAAUGGUAACGCUGCCUCUUAGCAUGUCUUUGAGUUUUGCUGCGUCAGAUGAGUAUAGUCCAUACAUGGGCAGGAGGACGUCCAGCACUCUGUCUCUGAUCAACGGGUCGGCGUCUCCUCGAGUGCAACCCUCCGGUUCUCAGUCCGUCCCUCCGAGGAAGAAGCUUCUGAAGGCGCCCAGCCUGGCCGAGCUGGACAGCUCCGACUCAGACGAUGAGCCCGUUGGGCACAGAUCUGCCAGCAGCUCCAGUGUGACCACGCCUAUGCUGGAUGACACGUCUCCAGAGUCUGCACUGGGGAAGAAAACUCCGCCCAUGUUCCUGCCCAUCUCCUCCACACCUCAGCCGGAGAGGCGUCAGACGCCCCCGAGGAGACACUCCAUCGAGAAAGAGACGCCCACCAACGUUAAGACGUUCCAGCCGCCCUCCAAAAAGAGCUCCAAGUCUCUGGAGGAGUUCUGUUUCCCGGUGGAGUGUCUGUCUCUGACGGUGGAGGAGGUGAUGCACAUCAGACAAGUGCUGGUCAAAGCAGAGCUGGAGAAGUUCCAGCAGUACAAAGAAAUCUACACUGCAAUGAAGAAGGGGAAGCUUUGCUUCUGUUGUCGAACCAAAAGGUUUUCCUUGUUCACCUGGUCCUACGUCUGCCAGUUCUGCAAAAAGCCCGUGUGCGCGCAGUGCUGUAAAAAGAUGCGGCUGCCGUCCAAACCUUACUCCAGCCUGCCCAUCUACUCCGUGGGUUCGACCAACACUCUGCCCAGAGAGAGGAUCACCGCCAUGGCUUCUGUGGGACAAGGGCUCUCUGUGGCCGAUGGGCCAGGGCCGUCGGCAGAGGCAAAAGCAGGGGCCGCUGCGCCCCCCACCCCUUCCAAAGGAGCGACAAAAGCAGCAUCUAAAGGAGCUGGAAAAGCUGCAGGGGCAGCAGCAGCUGCUAAAGCUGACAAAUCCUCCGGGAGCCCACAGCGCCACGGCAUUCACAAGACCAUGUCCAAGUUUUCGAAGCACGGCUCUCUGAAGUCUCACGAUGAACUGGAGCUUCCUCCGGAGCUGACGGAGGACUGGGCCGCCAUGGAGGUGUGUGUGGACUGCAAGAAGUUCAUCUCUGACAUAAUCGCCUCCAGCAAGCACAGCCUGUCACUGGCCACCAAGAGGGCUCGCUUAAAACGCAAGACGCAGUCCUUCUACCUGUCGUCCCCUAAAGGAAGGGAGGAGUACAAGCCCUCCGAGCGAACAAUCAAUGAGAUCUAGUCGUGAGAUCACCGAGAGAUCUGAGUGACUGACACGAACUUCAGAGGUGGACCUUGAUGUCUGGGUCUUAUUUUUUCGAGGAGGCUGUGUCCUGAUUAAAAUGUACAGCUCAUUCAGACAAUACUGCAGGUCUUUCUUUUCUGUUUUCUUUUUUUUUAUAAAGUAACUAACAUCUACGAAAUAUCUUGCUGUUUCUGGCCACGGACGCUUGACUGCGCAGACGACACCAGCGCGUGGUCCGGCCCAGCUCGCACUCAACUCAAAGCACAAUACACAAGAGAGGUUGUGUUGUAAACUAAGAGUCACGCUCAAUAAAAUACAGGUCAUUAAGCUAUACAACAUGGGUUUUAUUAUGGGUCAUAAUUGAGUUUUUUAUGUGUGUAAAUGAUUGUUUGAUAAAAUGCUCCCUCUUUUGCUGAUGAUGCUGAGGGAGACGUUCUCUCCCCCACUGCUACUGUCACUGCUCCAACUAGGAUUCUGCUUUCCAGGGAGAAUGAGAAAAGGACUUCCUUUGCUUCUUUUUCUUCCUCCUGAAUUUUACACCACGGAGACUAAAAGUAUCUGUUAUUAAUGGGUAUUAGUGCCAAAUGAAACCUUCCUUCUCAUCCGAGAGUCACCCAGGCUCUCUCCCCGGUGGUACGUUGCUAUCACACACCUUUGCUCACUAAAGCCAAACUUUAAAAAGCGUUCUUUGUAGCAAUGCUACUUCUGACCACAUGGAAGAAAGUUCAUAUGUCAGCCCCCUGGCAUAAGACACAACCAACUGCACCUCUCGCGGGACAAAGUAGUAUUACAACAUGUACCAGAACGUCACUACUCAAUAGCAGAGCUGGGUAGAGGAGCCAAAGAUUGUACUCAAGUAAAAGUACUGUUACUUCAGAAUAAUAUGACUCAAGUAGAAGUAAAAAGUAGUCAUCCAAAUAAUUACUUGAGUAAAAGUAAAAAAGUACUUGGUGAAAAAACUACUCAAGUACUGAGUAACUGUUGAGUAACGUCUGAUUUAUUUUUUUAACACACCCAUUCAAACAGACAAAAGUACAAAAUAAUCAUCUU